AGGGGAGGGAAAAGAAGAAGCGGAGGGACGGGUUUUCUCUCACUUUAGGGUUUUGACAUUGGAGUGGUUUCUCUGGUCUCUUUCUCUCUCUCUCUCUCUCGCAUAGAGGGUCUGUUGAUCAUCUUCCACCAUGAGCAAAUCUGGCCAGCCCCCUGAUCUCAAAAAGUACAUGGACAAGAAGCUUCACAUAAAACUGAACGCGAAUAGAGUGGUCGUUGGCACGCUUCGUGGAUUCGAUCAGUUUAUGAAUUUGGUGGUGGACAACACUGUGGAGGUUAAUGGCAAUGAAAAGACUGAGAUAGGGAUGGUGGUCAUCAGAGGAAACAGUGUAGUGAUGAUUGAAGCUCUUGAACCAGUUAGUAAGGGUUGAUAGGUCCGGCGAAGCAGCUGUAAUAUGAUUAUAUGAAGCAUCUUUGUCUGCCAUCCACACCAGAGUAGAUAGAGCUUUCCAACUGUCUUAGCUUUGCUUUAACCCUAUAGAAUGUUUUAGAUUUAGCUGCCUGGUAUUAUACAGAUGGCUUCAGAUGUUGCCACUGCUUUUAUGCAGCUCUUUUUUUUUUUCCCAUCUUUUCCCGGAUUAUCGUGUUUCAUAUUCAGAUUACUCAUGUUCUAUGCUCCUUGGUGGUGGUGCACUCUUUUGAUGGGUUUGAUGUAGGAGCCGUCGUUGCUUCUUGUAGUUUUAUCUAAGCGGUCUUGAAUAUGAAUACUAUAAUAUAUACAGCUUGUCGGUUGCAA